UCGAUGAGGCGAAGCGGUGCGCGCGCAGAGAAAGUUCUUCAAACAGUGUCCGUUUUCCUCCACGCUCCUGCGAGUACCCCCUCGCCUCCGUGCUUUUCUGCCGCCCCACAUGAAACCUUUGGCUUAAACCGAACCCGCCAUGUAGCCUGCGCGCACUAAGCAAAGCGCUCUGGGAUACUUUAACGCGGAUAGCUGCGGGUCGCCUGGCUGGCUGCUGUGCUGCGGUGUGCUGUGCGGGAUCCGGUGACCGCGGGGCCGGGUAAAGCCACCAUGCUCCGGCCGUGGGCUGCGCACUGGGUCGCUGCGGUGCUUCUCUGUCGGGCGGUGGCACAGUACUCCAGCGACCAGUGUAGCUGGAGAGGAAGUGGUUUGAGCCACGAGUCUCAUCGCAGAGAUGUGGAGCAGGUCUACCUUCGCUGCUCUCAGGGGUCUCUAGAGUGGCUCUACCCAACAGGGGCCAUCAUCGUCAACCUGCGGCCGAACACGGAGUCCUCAUCAGGACACAUGUCCGGUCUCCAUGUGUGCAUCAAGCCCCAGACUUACUCCCAGGGUUCUCAUGUGUACCUGGAGCAGGCUGGGGAUCUAAAGCUGCUGCUUGCAGAGGAGAACCAGGCUGGGGGAGCGGUGCACUGUUUCAGCCUGGCAGAGGGGGCUCUGUUUGUGGAAGCAGUCCCCCAGGCGGACAUCAGCCGGAGGAUCACAGCUUUCCAAUAUGAGCUGGUGCCCAGCCGGGGGCCGGGGGCGCACAUGUACCCGUUCCUGCACCCUGGUUCAGUUGCCUGUAAACCGUGCUCAGAUGAAGAGGUCCUAAUGGCUGUGUGCACCAGUGACUAUGCUGGGAGUGGUGUUCUUCGAGAUGUGACAUCAGUUACCAGCAAGCAUUCGCCUGUUCUUGUGACUUUGAGCCGGCUGUUUCAUCAGAAGAGCAAGGUGUUUGCUUGGGGCGGGGCCAGAGGACGGGGCUGGAGUGGACGUGUCAAUGUUCCCGUACGGUGCAGUGUGCAUCCCGGCGACGAUGAGUACCUUUUGACUGGCUCUGUCCAUUUUGGUGAAGCCUGGCUUGGCUGUGCUCCUCGCUACAAGGACUUCUUGAAGCUGUAUGCGAGAGCACAGAAAGCAGGAACAAACCCCUGUCAAAUCGACACAAGGAAAGUCAGCGAGGAUGACGUGUGAAAAGGAACAGGCUGAGAUUUGGAUGAUGGAGCCAUAAGGGAUAAGGAGGCUUACAGGUCCCUGGUCCUCAUUAAAGGCUCCUUCUCCAGACUCUUCGCCGUGCUGUGCAACUUGUUUUUGCCUCACAGCUGAACAGACAUUUGGACAACCUGAACGUUUUGGUGGCCAAGACGCUGCAUCAGCUGAAAUGUUCUCAUUUGACUGAACUUACAUACUGCAUGUGUAAAUGCGUUUGUGGAUGAAUACAUGAGUGACGGUGAAUGCGUGGAUGUUGUGCUGAAAUUUAAAGUUAAAACAUUUUUAUUCUCAUGAUGAUACUGCUCAUUCUUGAAAUGAAAGUUUGCUUUGUAAAAAGCUUUCUGUAAAAUUUAGGAGUCUUCUGACAGAAGUGUAUAGUAUGCAGCUCUGUGAGUCUACGUGUGUGUGUGUGUGUGUGUUUUGCUAAUGAAUUUAAAGGGUCUGUACAGGGAAUUAAAAGACAUGUGUCUUACUGUUCUUCUAA